AUGCAGCAGACCAACAUUUCCGGUAUCGAACUUUCUGGGUUAUCUACUUCUUGGAGAAAACUCUUUCUUUUCAUCACGGCAAUACCUCGCAUCCUUGCUCAUCUACCCUUAUCAGCGUUGUUUAUUCUCUUUGACCUCGUUAUUCACAACCCGACUCAUCCAGAAACGGCUAGCAAUCUUGCUCUGCUGGAGGUAGCUGGAGGCCACUUUAGUAGGCUGGAGUAUGCUACCGGCGGUUCAUUACCAAGCUCUGUGCUUGCUGAGUUUGCAUAUAUUGCCCGGACUUUCGUCCGUACAUAUCGCGUGGAGGGAAACGAUGGAAGUACCAUCGCAGUGCCGACUAAUGUGAACAUUGAUCUACCACGUAGACAAGAUGAUAGCCUUCCCUCAGCCGCGUCUUUCUUGGAAAAUGAAAACACAGAAGCUGGUGCCGGUUCCUGUUCCGAGUGA